AUGGAUUUAACUUGUUAUCUAGCAGCUACUGGUCUCUAUAACGUAUCCUAGGUGCUUUUGAUUGAAAGAGAAAAAGAUAUUGAAAGAAUUAGAUAAUGCGGAGCAACACCCAUAAUAUAUUCUAGACCUUCAAUGAAGAAGAAAAAAUUUAAUUACUCUUCCGAAAUAACAGAUUGGGCUUAGGGAGAAAGCUACCUAGAAAAUGAUUUAGUUUUGAAUAAAUAAUGGCAAGCAAGAUCAGUAAAAAAUAAGUAUGACUUGAUUAUCUCAGACUAAGAAUUCUACUUUCCGAUUAUAACUUAUUACUUAGGUGUAACUCAUUACAUAAGAAUUUUUGCAGGACCUUAUGAUGCAGGGAAUAUAAUGGAUUAUGGAUACUAGAAAUGCCAUUCUUCUUAUCAUGUUAUAAAAGAGACUUAAAUGUAUGCUAAUGAUCCAAUACUUGAUAAUCUUGCUUUUGUCUAAAGAUACCAAAAUCUCUUAGAAAUGUAUAAGCGUAGAUAUAAUUUGGACAAUUUAUAUAAAAACAGAAUUGAGUAAGUCUUAGUCGACUAUUCUAACUUUGAUUACUAUAAGCAUUAAAAGAUGCCUGAUAUGUUAGUUUCACCAAUUUAGGGUGUUUAGCCUUUAAGUCCUGCUAAUGGAUAAUUUAGAUUUAUUUAUCCUUCUCAUAGACUAUAAAAUCAUUCUUAAACUUAUGAUAUGCAUGCGAAUUUGCAAGCUUUCAUUGACUUUCAUAAGUAAAUUAUUAUUAUUUCAUUUGGAACACUUGUUUAGCCUGAUGAGGAAACGAUUAGGUAGUUAGAAAAGUUUAUUUAUGAGAGACCUGGUUAUGGCUUCAUUAUCAAGUCCUAUAGAAAGAAUAAAUCUCAAGAUAUAAGGCAUCAUAAAGUUUGGGUUUUAAGAGAGGGUUUGCCAUAGAGAUUUCUAUUGAGUUAAACUUAUGUAAAAGCAUUUAUAACUCAUGGAGGUUGCUCAAGUAUUUUAGAAUCAUUACAAAAUGCUAAGCCGAUGAUAGUUUUACCUGUUACCUUUGAUUAAAUUAUGAACUGCAAGCAUGUUUAGGAAUUAAAUUUAGGUACAUGCAUCAAAACAAAAAAUAUUCGAAAUGAUCUUCAUAAGGCAAUAGAAAAAAUUGAGAAUGGAUUGCAUGAAAAAGACCUUCAAAUAUACUCAAACUUAAUUGAAUUUGAAACUAAAUUCGGUGAUACAUUUCUUGAUGUUAUCAAUGAUAUUUUUGAAGUUCCAAUUAAUGUUGAAAAACCCCCUAUGUCCAUUUACAGAAAAAUGAACACUUUACAAUAUUUUGAUGCAGAUGUUUAUUUAGCUAUCUACCUUCUUCUUAUCAUAAGCUUUACAAUAAUGAUAGCUUUUAUGAUGCACAUUAAAAAAAAAUUGAUUUGA